AUGAGAGAUACAACAUGGCGCUGUCAUUUUUUGGUGAUUGGGUUGGAAGUUGUUUGAAGUAUCAACCAAGAAACGUACAGAUAUAUAAAUUCCUAGUUAACAGUGGGUUGCAUAAGGAUCUGUUCACACGUUCUUUAAGGGUUGGAGUGUUGUCAUGUUGUGAGGCAGACUCUGAAGUGGAAGCCAAAAAACAUGUUCCCUCAGUAGAACAUACCACUGUUAUUCCUGUAGAAACUAGUAUGAAAUAUUUGAAAAGUGAAGCAUACAAAGAAACAUAUGGUAACAAACCUGUGUGGAGUCAAUAUAGAAGGAAUCACAAAGGUGCUAUCCCCCCUCUAAAGACAAGAAAAACAUGCAUUAGGGGUGGUAAAAUUUCUACAGGUAACCCAUGUCCAAUCUGCAGGGAUGAGUAUUUGGUAUUGCAUCAUGAGAAUGUGGACUUACUAAAUCAGUUCAUUUCACCACACACUGGAGAAAUUCUGAGCUAUUCAAAAACUGGACUGUGUCAGAAGCGUCACAUGGAGCUGCUGGUGGCAAUAGAAAAGGCAAAGGACUAUGGUUUCAUAACUUUUGAUGUUCCUUUUCGUAAAUAUGACUAUUCAUUAUAUUACAAAUCCUAAGUAACAAACUCAUAGUUAUUGUUAAUUCAAACGCUAGGACC